CUGAGUUCCACAGGUAUGGCGCUGACAGUGGAUGUGGUGGGACCUGCGCCCUGGGGCUUCCGCAUCACGGGGGGCAGAGAUUUCCACACCCCCAUCAUAGUGACCAAGGUAACCGAACGGAGCAAAGCUGAAGCUGCUGACCUCCGGCCUGGUGACAUCAUUGUAGCCAUCAAUGGAGAGAGUGCGGAAGGCAUGCUUCACGUAGAGGCCCAGAGCAAGAUCCGACAGAGCCCCUCACCCCUGCGACUGCAGCUAGACCGGUCCCGCGCAGCCUCUCCCGGGCAGGCCAAUGGGGAGAGCUCCUUGGAACUGUUGGCUACUCGCUUCCAGGGCUCUGUGAGGACGCACAGUGACAGCCAGUCCUCCCUGCGGUCCUCCUACUCCAGCCCCACCUCCCUCAACUCCAGGCCGUGCAGCCCCUUCUCCAUCCCGCCCUCCACCAGCCCAAAUGCCCUGGCUGGAGAGGCCAUGCUCAGUCGCAGUUUCCAAAGUCCAGAACUCUCUCCGGGACUCGCUGCUGACCACUCAUUCUAUGGUGGCCGCCCCAGAAGUCAACAGGCCGGCCUCAGCGGCGCUGGCGACUCUGCUGUGCUGGUGCUGCCCCCCUCAUCCCCGCCUGCCUCACAUCCCCACAGUGUGGACUCAGAAGGGGGAGGCCAUCACCACCUAGAUGAGGACUCGGAAGUCUACAAGAUGAUGCAGGAAAAUCGUGAGGGGCGGGUGGCCCCCCGACAGUCCAGCUCCUUUCGGCUCUUGCAGGAAGCCCUGGAAGCUGAAGAGAGAGGUGGCAGCCCAGCCUUCCUGCCCAGCCCACUGAGUCCCCAGGACUCCCUGUCCACUGGCAGGGUGCUCACCACACCCCCGAAGCUCCACACGUGUGAGAAGUGCAGCACCAGUAUCGGGAACCAGGCUGUUCGGAUCCAUGAAGGCCGGUACCGACACCCUGGCUGCUACACCUGUGCAGACUGCGGGCUGAACCUGAAGAUGCGCGGGCACUUUUGGGUGAACGAUGAGCUGUACUGUGAGAAGCACGCUCGGCAGCGCUACACCCUGUCCUCCACCCUCAGCUCCCAGGCCUGA